AUGAGAAAAAAACCUAGUUCACCCUACGCUGAAUUAAUCGAAGCAAAUAAAAAAAUAUCAUAAGAGGAUGGCAAAUAUUUAGAUUACUCCAACUUACCUAAACCUUAUAGUUAAUCAUUUUAACAACUUACUUAAUUUCGUAUUCCAUAAUAUUUUGAGCUAUUACAUCGUAAGAAUUAAAAGAAAACUGAAAUUCAUCAAGAAUUCAAUUAACCUAAUGUCAACCAAAACAAUAAUUCAACUCAGCCAUAUCUAAAAAGACAACAAUAGAAAAUAAUAAAAAGAAAGCCCUUUUCAAUGAGUAGGUUUUAAACUGCAUAAUUAGAGAGUAAUUAGAUCUCUUCAGGUUCUUUUAAUAGAGCAAAUUAUACUCUCAAUAAAAUCUUAAGUAGUCUCCCUAUGAGCCAAUUACAUUAAAUUCAUGAGGCAAAGCAGGAAAACAUCCAGGCAUUGAUUUAAAAAAAAAGUAAUAAACAAAGGAGAAUGGUUACACCAAAAUAUAAUCUUAGAACAGACUCUUAAAUGGCAAAAUUUUUUGGAUCAUCAAAUAUUUUCCCGACUUUGUCUACCUUUAGAUUAAAAACCCUUUAAUGAUUUUAAGAUGACAUUUAAUUAAAAACCUUAUAAAAUUUCUUUUAAA